ACCAGUUUCCCUUCACUGGGAAGGUCUGGGUGCCUCUUCUAAUGAUGGAGCAGGACGUGGAGAAGGAGAUGCUGGCCCUUUCCCCCUCCACAGCAGCCCUGGUACUCCUCUGAGCUCAGUGGAACCCCUUGGCCUGGCAGGAGGGAUCAUACAGCUUCUCCAUCCCACAUGCCCCUGGGGCAGAAGGGAGCAUGGUGACCCGCCAGCUCACUAUCAGCUGCUGUAACCAGGGAAAAGGGGAAGGCCAUGCCUUGGGACGUGGUGAUAACUCAGGGGAUGCGGCAGAGCACAAGCCUGCACCCUGCCACAGCGCUGCUCACCAUGGAGGGACCACACCGCAGCUGCCUCCUCCUCCUCCUCCUCUGCCUGCUACCACCACUGGGCAUCCCAGGCCCACCACUGCCUCUGGAGGAACCUCAGGACCUGCCACCGACACUGUCCAGCACUGCUGACCCCACUGCCCACCUGCUGCGUGGCCGCCCCUCAGCCCCAGUGCGGCCCUACAGCCUCUCGCUGUCCCCUGAGGAUUACCGCUACUCCCCCAAGCCCCGGCACCUGCGCCCCGGGCGGCUGCGACGGCUCCUGGGCUCAGCCUUCGACCCCUUCUGGAUGGCGACCGAGGAGCCCCGAGGUCGCAACAGCAGCAUCCUCGAGGAGAACCUGGAGUCCAUGAGCAGGGACCUGGCAGAGGGUGCUGGGCGCUACCGCCGCAAGCUGUGGCGAGAAGCGGAGGGGCUGGAGCUGCCCAGCCUGCUGCCCCCUGGCCUGGGGUUGUCCCCUGAGCUACAGGGGGUCCUGACCCGCCGCCUGCGGCAGUGGCUGGUGGAACAGGCUACCUGCCGCCUCACCUCCACCUGGGUCGACCUGGGACCUGUCUUCUGGCCCCGCUGGGUGCGCCACACCGCUUGUGACACCGGACCCCCUGGCUGCUCCUGGCCCCCUGGCAUGACCUGCCGCCCCACACAGCUCACUCACAUCAAGCUGCUGGCCUGGCACUGCUGGGUCCCCCAGCACCCUGGCCCACCAAACUGCACCUGGCGGCAGAUCCCCUACCCCGUUGUGGCUGCCUGCAAGUGUUCCUGCCGCUGA